UUGACAAUUCACUUCAGUAAUAAUGGCGCACUGGCGACAGACAGAUAAUUUUCUGUAAGAUUAGUUUACUGGGUGAGGUGGAGUGAAAACAAAGGUAUUAAAUGCCGUACCGCAGGCGAUACUCCGCGAAAAUGCCAGAUUACGAUAUGGAAGUGACCGUUGUAGAUGUUUAUGAUAUGGCUUCGGACAUUGGAAAGGAAUGUGAAAUAAUUAUCGAAAAAUACGGCCCUGAAGCUGUAACAGCUCUACUACCGAAGGUGAUAAAUGCGCUGGAAUUAUUAGAAAAUUUGGCUGUACGCAAUGAAAAGGAGAAUCAAGCAUUGAACGAAUUAACAGCGAAGAUAUCGCAGUUAGAAAACGAUAAAAUAGAAAAGGCGGAGUACAGACAACGAUUCGAAAAGGAGAUAGAGGCUAUCGAGGAGCAGUGGAGGACGGAAUCAGCUGAGUUGGUCACAGCCGUCGCCAGGCUCCAGGACGAGAAUAAACGUUUGAGACGUACCAUCAACUCGCCAGCGGACGGUGAGUUUUGGAAAUGGACCAGCGCCCCGCCGUCCCCGGCCAGGGAGCACGAUCAGGAGGUGCUGUCCCGUCUGAGCAGCACCGCGGAGAAGCAGCGGGCGACGCUCAGACACCAGGAGCUCCAGCUGCAGGAGAAGCAGCAGCUCAUUGACAGCUUGACAAACCAAGUGGAGAAAUUGGCACAGGUCAGUCGUGAUCUUCGACGGAAACACAAGCAGCUUCAAAAUCAGAUGCGUUUAGUGUGCGAGGAGAGAACCGAGCUCACGGCCAUUGUUCAAUCACAACAGAGAGACAUCACCGCGCUACAGAAAUCAGAUGCAAAAAAUAAGUGCACGUCAUGCAGCGUGGCUAUGGAAGACGACGAGGAUCAAUCCUCUAAACCGACGUUCAGCGUUCGUGAGCUGAGAGCCAUCCUUCAUGAGAGGAACGAGCUCAAACUGAAGCUGAACCGGGCUGAGGAACAGUUGCAAGCCCUGCAGGCCGAGCCACAACCUGAUAGUAUCGUCAGCAGCGGCUCGGACACAUCCCCCAGUAUAAGUACGACGGCAGUUGAUGACGAGGCACCGGUGCAAGGACCGCUGCCGGCUGAGCCGGACGACGCGCCCUGGAAGAGGAACAGUGGAAUAAGGAAGUUGUUCUGGUUGGCGCUGACUGCUCGACAGGAUGGCCGCCGUUCGCCACCGAGGAUCUCUUUCGGCCCUUGGUAUUGAUAAGUUUUCGCAAGCUCUUUGCUGAGUCUGAUAUCGCCGUGGGGGGGUUCUCGCGUCGUCAGCUGGGUCGCUCCGGCGCCGCCGCGGCCGCCACCGCCCCCGCGUAGACACUCCGACCCCAUACACCACACACACACCCAACAGCUACACCAGCCCCUCCAGACCCAGUGUCCAUACGCCACCAACCGUCCGCGCGAUCUCCGGUAUGAGCUGCUACAACUGGCGCUAGGGAAUAACGAAGUCUACACGUGGUUAGGCACCAACGACACUAAGGACUACGAAAUAGACUUCAGAUUCGAACACGACGUACCGCUACAGAGGUCCAUCUCGCUGGAUCGCGGCGUCGAUAUAUUCAAUUACCUUCAGACGCUGUCUGAUACUGGGCUGUCGGAUUCGUAUUGGUCGCUGGAUUCGGAAGUGGGGGCGAGCCUGCGUUUGGAACAAUACAGGAGCUUCGAGGAUGUCCAGGCUCCUCCAGUGAGGAUGAGGAGCCGGCAUGUUUCGUUGGAUAUCACCAAUUCCUUUGGAAAUUUAACGCCGCUCGUGCUGAAGGGUACUUAUAAAGGCAUCGAGGAAGAAAGUGGGAUGUUGACACCUCAGAUAAGGAAGCUCCAAAAAACCUACUCCUUUAAGAACUUCGAUGACUACAAGGAUGAAAAGAAUGAAGAAGAUAAUUCUGAUAGAGUUGAAACGGACUACAAGGGUGGUAUAGAGUUCAGGGCGCCUGUUUAUAGAAGCAACAAUUGUGAGAAAGAGAAAGAAGAUGAAAGAAUUACGCGUCAAAGAAGAAUCGGCGUCACUCAAAGCCCAUGGCAGGAUAACCCGAUACAGAACUUGAGAAAAGAAGUCCUGAAAUAUAAGUUAACCCAUUUCAAAAGUUGCGAUGACCUCUAUAGUAGCAAAGCUCGAACGACAUCGACAGAGGCUAUUAAUGAUAUACCUUUCAAUAGUUUAAAGAGCAAUUAUAAAAUUAAAUAUAAAAGCGGCGACGGGUUGUCUGAAAUAAGGAAACUGAAAAGGAAUGUGUCUUUCCGCGUAGAUUUGAAUCAAGAGUUCAGUCUGCCUAAUGUUAUAUUAAAUAAUGACAGCGACGAUAGUGUUGCUAGCAUACAAGAUACUCCCGGUACAUUAGUUAGUAGAACUUGUGAUUGUAGUAUCUGUGGCGAAGACGAGGUUAAAGUCGAGAAUUCAUUGCUGAGCAAAAAUUUACGUAAGAUAUUCAUGAAGUUGGUCUCAUACGUACAUUACGGUAAAAGAUUUUCAUGUUUCGAUGACAACGAAAGCGAAAUGUAUAUCUGCGUUGUAAAUGUAUUGAAAUUUUUGCUCGGCUUAUGGUUGAGGCAUUUGGAUCAUAAACAACAUAACCUGUGUGGGUAGAAGUGGGUGUGCUAGUUAUAGAUUUUUUUUUUUUAUUAUAUAGAAAAUAAAUUUCUAGGUUGCAGUAACAAACUUAAUCGUGGUGUUAUGUAAUAGUUAUAUGAUGUACUAGAUAUAGUCGUUACAAUUUUAACAAAUAUACCACUGACACAUUUAAAUAGCACAAUAUGAAACUUGGACUCUGUAAUCAUUGAAAUUGCCUUGUCUGUUUUUUUUUUGUUUUUUUUUUUUAAAUAUUUAUCUCUUAAGUGAAUUAUCGAAAUUAUUUAUUCCAAUUUUAAAAAUGUGACAGAUGUUAAUAAUUUAAUACGAAAAAAAAGUAUAAUUGUUGUUUGGUGAUUAUGUUAUUUUAUUUAUAAUUUAUAUUAAUUUAUUUAACGAAUGCUCUGUAACCAAUUGUGACCAAUAUAUGUAUAGGGCUGUGUAUGUGAGUCAUACGUUAAGUGUUGCGGUGUUUAAGAUUACAUUGUAAGAGUAAAUAAGUUUCGUUUUGCUUAUAAAAAAAAUAUAUAUAUUAAAUCGCUAGAAUCGUGUUCUUGAAUUUAAAAAAAAAUCGAAAUAUGCAUAAUGAAACUUUUUUGUAUGAUUAUCCUGUUUAUUAUUGUAAUAAGUAUAUAUCCAGUGUUCAUUUAUUUUGCUAAAAAUGUUUUAUUUUGUGGUGCGGUAUGGUGUUUUCAUUUUAUUAUAAGUUUUAGUAUGUAAAUCUCUUUCAGAUGGCUCGUUCUGCUGAUCAAAUUUAAAGGAACGCCAAGAUUGAAUGUUAUCGACGAUUUUUAACCUAGAUCGGUUUUUUUUUUAAUUUUAAGCCUUCUCCUAAAUGCCACUCGUUUAUUUUAUUUUAUCAUUUCUAUCAAACAAUUUACAUAUUUAUCAAAUUUCUUUUGCUAAACAUAUCGUUAGUUAGGCCUUUAUGAUACGGAUGUUUCAAAUAAUCGUUAUGAUAAAAAAGUUGUGUAGAAUAUGCCCUAGUAUAUUUAAUACGUAGACAGCAGUACUAAUACUAAACCUACCACGACUAGACAUCACUAAACCACUAAUAUUAUGUGAUAGGUUUUUGAUUGCAAAUUUACAUUUUCUAGUUAAUAUAUACAAAAUGAAUGUUCGACUGUGCCUCUGUUCGGAUCACGUGAUUAAUUAAGUUAUUAGGGCUUUGUCAUAGAGUAAGAAUAUAAUCAUUCCUUAGGCUUGUUCAUAGAUAUUUGUAUCGCCUCCAAUAUUCUUCUUUUUACCUGCAGUAUCGUUCAAAUCUGAGCGAGACAUCACGCUUUUUUCUUGGGUGUGAGCGAGAUAGCAUAUCACACAUUCGCAUUUAUUCACACAUAAGUUUUAUUUAAUCUAGCGCUUUCUUUUGUCUCCAAUGUGAGCGAGACAAAAUAUUCUAUAUUGUCUUUGAGUGAGAUAGCAUAUCCACUCACACAUGGAAAAGGUAACACACUACAACAAAAAUUGCUCCUAAUAUUAUAGGAUUUAUUUCAAUAUUACCGGUACACUAGCUCUGGAAACGUCAGAUUUAAUUUGUCAUUACGAUGACAGGUGUCAUUAUAUUAAAAAUGCUAGUCACAGUACUAUUCGUUAUAAGCUGUAUAAACGGGGGAAUAUCACUCGUGUUCGAAAUUCAAAGAUAUUAUUAACGUAAUAAUAAAACAGUAUUAUCACGGUAAUAUUCCCUUCAUUAUAUAAGACGAUUAUUUGGUUUUCUGGUGACACCUCAUCCUUCAUCCGUUCACGUCUUGUGAGUUGCAUCGAUGGUAAUUAAAUUUAAGACAAUUAAUUGUUACGAUACAUAUAUAAAAUUUAUUAGUUGACGGUGUCAAAUUAAAGAUAUGUUAAUGUUAAGUUUAA